UUUGCGUUCAACCAAUCAAAUUGUACAGUCUGUCCGAUUUAGAACUGUCAAAUAAAAAUAAUACAUGUUCAAUCGCACUAAAUAAAACAACCGUGACAUGAAAAUGAUACAUUUAUCGUAAAGUAAAACUGUCUUCGGUGUUAAGUUUUAGACACUCUCGUGAUGAUAGCAGCGCCUCGUUGAUUCUAGUCGAAUCUACAGCUGUUGAUACGUAAAUUGUUGGUGCGAGAAGUGUCAGUGAUUAUUUUCCUUAUAAAAAACAGCCUUUGGGCUGAAAAAAUAAUUAACUAAAAAAUGAGAGAGGCCGGAAUAAUGUUAAUAAGCACAGCACUAACGUGUGCUGUAAUAGGCAAUGCUUAUUACCAAAGAAAACAGUUUUACCCAACAGUAGUUCACAUAACCAAAUCGAAUCCUAGUAUGACGGUAAUCUAUGCACAGGGUUUAAUUCUAGUGUUUAUGAUAAAUGCUUUUCUUCGAAAGAUAUUUUUUGGUACUCUACGUGCUGCUGAACUUGAGCAUCUGUUGGAAAAGGUAUGGUACGCUGUGACUGAAACUUGUCUAGCAUUUACAGUAUUCAGAGAUGAUUUUAGUCCAAAAUUUAUAGCAUUGUUCACACUUUUGUUAUUUUUGAAAUCAUUUCAUUGGCUGGCAGAAGAUCGUGUAGAUUAUAUGGAAAGAAGUCCUGUGAUAACAUGGCUGUUCCAUCUCAGAGUUGGUACUUUAUUGGGACUUUUGUUUGCUAUAAACUUAACUAUGAUUCAUUAUGCAUAUAAUACAACAGCCACAAAAGGUCCUUCGGUGCAGCUUGUGUUUGGUUUUGAAUAUGCUAUUCUUUUAACUGUUGUAUUCAACAUUAGUGUAAAAUAUAUAUUGCAUACAAUAGACCUGCAAAGCGAAAAUCCAUGGGAUAACAAACCAGUAUUUCUUUUGUAUACAGAAUUAAUAAUUGGACUAUUAAAGGUUAUUUUGUAUAUUGCUUUUGUCACAUUGAUGGUCAAGUUAUAUACUUUACCUCUAUUUGCACUUCGUGCAAUGUAUUACACAAUGAGAGAUUUUAAAAAAGCUUUCCAUGAUAUUGUAAUGUCUCGGCGAGCGAUUAGGAACAUGAAUACAUUAUAUCCAGAUGCAACACCAGAAGAGUUAGCUGCUGCUGAUAAUGUUUGUAUAAUAUGCAGAGAGGAAAUGGUGGCAGCAAGUAAAAAAUUACCAUGUAAUCAUAUUUUCCACACUGCCUGUCUACGUUCGUGGUUCCAACGUCAACAGACAUGUCCCACCUGCCGUUUAAAUAUUUUAAGACCUGUUAACAAUAAUCAAGGGAAUAGGCAACAAAACCAACCACAAGCAGGGCCUCAAGUACCUCAACCCCCGCAAGCACCAGGGUUCAAUCCAAUCGUUCAAGUUCUACCAGCAUUUUGGGCUGGGUUACAAGCUCCAGGAGCAGGUCCACAACAACCAGCUCCGGGUGAUGCAGCACCGCAACAGCAAGCUCAACAUAGUACUGCGAGUACUCCUUCCGCAUCGUUUCAAAAUUUAGCAGCCAAUGGGGUGCCAUUGUUCCCACCACCAUUUCCUACUAUGGUACCAUUACCACCCAUUCCUACACCACCACCAAAUUUAACGGAACUGAGCGAAGAAGAACUUAGAGCAAUGGAGGGUAAUUUGAGACAAGCCGUUGAAGCUAGAAUACAGAUGUUGCAAAGAGUUCAGCUUUUACUAGAUGCUGCCAGUGCAAUGAUGAAUCAAUACCAAACAGCAGCUGCUACUGCUAACAUUCCAGUGCCAACUGCAACAAGUAGUAUGAAUGUUACACCGAAUGCUUCUUCGAUGGCAAAGCCAGGAACGUCGAAAAAUACAAGUUCUGAAGUUGAUAAUGAGCAAUGUCAAGCUAAAACUGAAACGAAUGUUCCUAUUGUAAACUCUUCCAAUGAUAAUGCGAGCACGUUAUCCGGCAGAAGUGAUACAGAAUCAAGCGAACAGGAAAUGCUUCGGAGACGUAGGCUACAAAAAUUUUCAACUUAGCUCAGAACACAGUAGAUGUUCAUGAAAUCGUAUGAUAAUUUGUAUAAUUUGUUAAUUACUGACAGGUCUGAUUGCAGAUGUGAUUGAUUGAAAAAGCUUGAAAUUCAAAAUUUACAGUGCAAUCACGAAGGUGUCAAAUAAUGAGUUAAAAGAAAAAGUAAAAUAAAUUUUUGUGUAACAUUGAUUUAAAAAAAGAAAUAACAGAAGCAAAUUUUAGUUUUCAACAAAUUUUGUAUGUAUUUUCAAAAUUAUUUCAUUAGUUUGUAUGGACAUGUAUGUACUUUAUACCAUGAUACAGAUUUCUCCAAAAUAUUUUGCAGAAUAAUUUUUGUAUCAAUUAAAUUGUUACUGUAAUCCCUAUUUGAAAAUUAUUCUAAUCUGUUUAAUCCCUCAAUUACAUAUUAAAAACAUGACUUAAAAUACCCUGUAAGUUUUUAUUGUACUAUAUUUAGACUGCUGUACAAAUUUUAUGAAUUAUUACAUGUUAGGAAUACUUGUGUCUGUACAUGGGAGAGGUAAUGUCAGUCACUAUAACAUGACUGUAACAAUUGUUUUUAAAUAAUUGUCAUAUGUAAUAAAUUUAUUUGUCUAUUUAAUAA